AUGAGCAUCCUUUGGCAUAUCACUUGUCUGCUACUGCUGCGUUCCUGCACCCCAGGUUUCUUCAUACAUGGCAUCGUUGGCGGUAGGGUCUCUAUUCCCCACAGUCGACCCUACAUGGUCUACAUUCGUGACAAUAAAACAAAACAAUCAUGUGGUGGUUUUUUGGUAAGAGAGGAUUAUGUGAUGACAGCUGCCAGCUGUAAACCAAGGAUUAAUCAUCUUGAGGUAUUUGUGGGGGUCCAUGACACCAACUUUUUACCUGACGGUAUAAAGGUAGAUCCCAUUCCACAUCCAAAAUUCAGUAUGGAGAGUGCAGGUCAUGACAUCAUGCUUCUACAGCUCAAAACCCCAGUAUCUUUGAGCAAAUUUGUGAGAACUAUCACUUUUCCAAAUCCUGAGAAUGAAAAAAUCUCAAGUAACUGCCUGGUCAUGGGUUGGGGCUCGAAGAAAUUUCGUGAAGAGUCUCCAUCAAAUGUGCUCAAAGAAGCAAACGUGACUCUGAUAGACUCUGAAAACUGUAGCACGACUGACACUCUGUGCUCCGAGGGAUCAACUGGACCAGCACUGGGAGACUCUGGGGGUCCACUUGUUUGUGGAGGUGUUGCACAUGGAAUUGUGUCUUUUUCCAGUGCAGACCACCACCUCACAGCCUACACUCAUAUUUCCCACUACCUUUCGUGGAUUUAUGACGAAAUGAAAUCACCUACUCAGCAGCAAUGUAAUACAUGGAAGGGCAAGCUGGAUUUAGAACCAACACCCGGACAUUUGACCCCAAAACCUGAUAAACACCAAGUCUUGUCUGUCUCCAUGCAUGAUGGCAUCGUUGGCGGUAAAGUCUCCGUUCCCUACAGUCGACCCUACAUGGUUUACAUUCGUGACAAGAUAUCAAAACAAACAUGUGGUGGUUUUUUGGUAAGAGAGGAUUAUGUGAUGACAGCUGCCAGCUGUAAACAAAGUCAUCUUAUGGUCUAUUUGGGGGUCCAUUACACCACUUUUUUACAUAACGGUAUAGAGGUAGAUCCCGUUCCACAUCCAAAAUUCAAUAUGAUGAGAACAGAUCAUGACAUCAUGCUUCUAAAGCUUAAAACUCCAGCAACUUUGAACAAAAUUGUGAGUAUUAUUGCUUUGCCAAAAACUGAGAAAGAAGAAAUCUCAAAGGACUGCCUGGUCAUGGGUUGGGGCUGGAAGAAAUACCAUGACGAGUCUCCAUCAAAUGUGCUCAAAGAAGCAAAUGUGACUCUGACAGACUCUGAAAACUGUGGCACGGCUGAGACUCUGUACUCUGAGGGAUCAACUGGACCAGCACUGGGAGACUCUGGGGGUCCACUUGUUUGUGGAGGUGUUGCACAUGGAAUUGUGUCUUAUUCCAAAAACAAGAGGAAUGCAGACCACCUCACAGCAUACACUCAUAUAUCCCACUACCUUUCAUGGAUUCAGAGCAUAAUGAUGCUGGACGUGCCAGCUAUGUUAGAUCAAGUCGCUAGAUCCAACCCCCGGACAUUUGACCCCAAAACCUGAUAAAAACCAAGUCCUGUCUGGUACCCAAAAUUUGAACUUCAGUUUUUCUAGAAUUCUAUACUAUAUUUGAAUCAUCUAUCAGCCAAAAAGUUGACUAUAAUAACAA